CGAAAAUUUAUCCAAAAUGGCUGACGAUAACUCGCCCACAUAUUCCCCGGAUCAUUUCCCAAGUUCUCCCGAGGAAGAUUCGGUCGAGAUUGCAAAGAAGAUGGGAAAAACGAACAUGUUGCAGUGGAUGGAGAUCAGAGUGUCGGAGCCAGAGAAAAGAACAACAACUGCAAUGAAGAUGACAGAUACAUACAUGGUUUAUUUAGUUGAGACAAGGAUAACAGACAACAGCGUGAAGUGCAAAGGGGAUGGUACAACUUCUUUAUGGAGGAGAUACAGUGAAUUUGAACUGCUCCGGAAUUACCUGGACAUAAUGCAUCCUGCAUUAGUUAUCCCACCCUUACCAGAGAAAAAAGCUACUUACACAUGGCAGAACAUGGCUACAGACAAAUUUGAACCAGAAUUUAUUGAGCGUAGAAGAGCAGCUCUUGAGAUUUUUCUACUGAGGUGUGCUGCCCAUCCUGUUCUGUGUUUGGACAAGAUUUUUAUUGGUUUUCUACAAAAAGAUGAAGGCUGGAAAGAUUCAGUGUAUGCAACAGAAUUUCAGAGUAAGGCAGAAUCAAGAUUAAAAGCUAUCAGUGCAUCAUUUCGUCUGAAGAAACCAGAUAAACGGUUUGAAGAAGUGAAGAAUUAUAGUGGAGAACUGCAGAGUAACAUUGCAAACCUGCUCAAAGUUAGAGCUAGGAUGGCUGAUCAUCAGUAUGGUAUACACAAAAUCCAUGCAAACUAUCACCGAGUGUUCAACGAAUGGAGUGGUAUUGAAAAGGAGAUGUCAGAGCCAUUACAGAGUGCAGCGCAUUAUAUGAAUGUUGAUUCCCAGUCUAUUGAUGCAAUACUGGAGGAGGAAGAACAGUAUGCUGAUCAGCUGAAGGAAUACAUGGCAUUUGGUGAAUCACUCAGGUCUGUAUGUAGAAAGUAUGAAUGUAUGCAAUAUGAUCAGGAACGAGCUGAAGACAGUCUUUCAAGUAAAACCAGUCAGAAAGAACUAUUGGUUCAGGGGAAGACGACUGGUGGAUUCAGUCUCAGUGGAAUGAAAAAAGCGAUAUUUGGUAAUGAUACGCCAGAACAGAGGGAAUUAAAAUUGAAACAUCUUGAGGAGCAGAUCAAACAGACGGAACAAGAACUCGCACAAAUAAAUGAAGAAACACAAAUAUUUGUAGAGGCUGCCUUACGAGAUAUAGACAGGUUCAAGAGACAGAAAACGAAGGAUUUGAAGGAGAUUUUCACAAAUUACGCAAUCAUGCAGAUAAAACAGUGUAAAAAGGGCAUUGCAAUCUGGACAAGUGCUAAAGACUGUUUUACUAAAAUGUAAAUUUAGUAUUUAAAAAGAACUUGAAGGAUGGCAUUAUGUGGAACACGUAUAAGAUGCUUGCUCAAGGAUGGACCUCUUGUUGUUUACAUACAGUCGUGUUGGUCAACCUACACAGUCAUGUUUCAUACAUCCGUGUUGGUCAGCAUAUACAUUAUACAGUCAUGCUGUGUAAUGUCACGUUGGUCGGCAUAUAGUCUUGCUGUGUAAAGUCAUGUUGGUCAGCAUAUACUGUCAUGAUGUAUACAGUUGUCUUGGUCUGCAUAUACAGUCACGUAUUGCGCAUAUGACAAUGUUUUAUACAGUUGUGUUGUACAACAUUUAAAAUCAUGACAUAUACAUAAAGUCAUUUUGUAGAAUGUACAGAUGUGAUAGCUUAAUGCAGUUAGAUUGUGAUUUCGAGAACUAGUCAGCACCUUUUGUUUAACAUACGUGUACCAUUUUGUAAGAAAUGGAAAGGCCAGUUAUCUAGAAAUUACUGAGCGAAGGGAAGUAUCAUUUGCUUUAUGUAGUCCAUUUGAUCAGUGUCUCUCAGAUGCUUAUGAACAGUGUGUUCCAGAUGUUUUUAUUUAGAACAAAAUACUGCUUGCAGAAUACUUUAAUCUGAACGAAAUAUUCCAUAUCUCUAUGGAAAAAAACCUUGCUUGUAGUAAUUAGCAAACCUGGGUGAAAACUUCCAUAUAAAGUAGGAAGAAAUCUGUUCAUGACUGUAACACACAUUCUAUAUUGUAAAAGCAUAUAUUUUCGCUGGGUCAAGAUUUCGCAAAUUUGAAAUUUUGAAUAUGUUUGUAAGGUUUAAUAUUCGUGAAAUUGUAAAAAUGGUAUUCUACUUGAAUUUUAUUAAUACAAAUGGUGAAUAUUUAUGCAAGGAUUAAUUUUUGCGAUAUGUAGGGCCUCACGAAUAUAGCAAAAUUUAAACCCUCGCGAAAACUUUUGCUUGUACAGUAGUUGCAGUUUGGAAUAUCUGGUUCAAAGGUCUAUGUUUAGGCAGUAAAGAGGCUCUGCUGGUAUGCAAGAAAUAAGUUGUAGUGUACAUUAUUGAUUAAAAGUUAGAUACUGUUGAAUAAAAUCCAAGGACAAAGGUAUACAUUUUCUGGAAUUAAAUUUUACAAGUCUGAAAAAAAAAAAACUGCCAGAUUUUUUAAAAAAUUUGUUAUUUGAUAUUUCACUAUGCAAUGACUCACAAAAGCUUUAACUGCUAUUUAGUUUUAAUACUGCUAGAUGGUAUUACUUUAUUGUAUUAACUGUUUAAAGAUUUAAGUAUUGAAAAAUUCAGUCAAAAUAUUACUUACUUGUACAACUGUGAAAUUUGUUUUUUGAAUGGACCAAUGUUAUAGAUAUAUGCACAUUCCAGGGUUGUUUUCUUAAUGUUUAUUGUCAUUCAGUUGGCAAAGAAAUAAAUUCUGAUACUUGACAAAUCUCCUAUCACAAAAGUGUAAUUUAAUUGUGCGGAAAAACAUUCUGCAAAGAAUACACUAGUUUAUAUUUGAAAUUACUUGAAAGAUUUUAUGUUACUGUAGCACUGUUAUAAACCAUAAUUGUUUUAGCUUUGCACCUAUAUGUUAUAUUUUAAUGAUUACCGUACAAUGUUAUAUUUUGAUAUCAUAAUUGAGCCGUGCCAUGAGAAAAUCAACAUAGUGGGUUUGCGACCAGCAUGGAUCCAAACCAGCCUGCGCAUCCGCGCAGUCUGGUCAGGAUCCAUGCUGUUCGCUAACAGUUUCUCCAAUUCCAAUAGGCUUUAAAAGCGAACAGCAUGGAGCCUGACCAGACUGCGCGGAUGCGCAGGCUGGUUUGGAUCCAUGCUGGUCGCAAACCCACUAUGUUGGUUUUCUCAUGGCACGGCUCAAUUAUUCUGGUUGUGUUGAAGCAACUUGCUAACAGUUUCCUCAGAAAACUGAAGUCCUCUCAAAAUUUAUUACAACUUUUUUUGUCAAAGAGACCUUUCAUAUGAACUUACUGAUAUGAUUUGCAAAGCAUCCCUGUAAAGCACAAAAAACAAUGAGAAGGAAGGAGAGCAAUUUCUAUGAUGCUAGGACAUAAUAAAUAAUAUCACUUUUCAUGGAUUUUUACAAUGAUGAAAUACUCAUUUUUGUUUUAUUUUAUUAUUUCUUGAUGUCAGAUAUGCAUUUUAUUUGUAAAUUAAUUAUGUAAAUGGAACUAUUUGACUAGAACACUUUAAAAUACCGUAGUUUGUACUAUCUCCCAGGGAGAUGUUUUAAAUGAUGUACAGUUUGUAUAUGGUUCUUUAAAAAUAAAGAUUUUUUUUUAAAGCCCUGUAACAAUUUACAUGUAUCUUAACUAUUAAGAUCACAUUCUUACUCCACCACUCUUACACUUGCAGAAAAAUAGAGGAAAUUUGUUAGUUUCAGUUCAAGAUUGAAAUAUCUUUCUAUGAAUUAACACAAGACAAAAUAUUUUCAGGAGUGGCAUAGCCACAAAUUAAAAUGUUAGAUCUGGUGAUCGAGGGAGAAGGAUCUUUCAAUCCUUCAUGUAAAACAAAUUUUAUUUCAUGUCUUUUUUCACUGGUAAUAACCGAAUUUCACACAUUUUGUAAUUAUGUUAUGAAAAAUAUUUUUCACUGUGAAAACUCAAGAUAUAAUUCACUCUUAUACAGUUGAAACUCAAUAUCUCGAACUUGCUUAUCUCAAAAUUCCAGCUAUCUCAAGAGACAUUUUCAAGUCCUUUUUCACCAAGUAAAACGCUUAAUCGUUUGAUAUUCGAGAUCAAAAGUUUCAACUGUAUUUUAAUAUUGUGAAAAAUAUGUGAUAAACCAUGUUAUUGUCACUCAGUGUUGUCUAGUAAUUGUUGUUGUAUUUGUAUUUAUAUGAUUCACAGUUUUAUAUUAAAACUUGUAAUAUGUUCUGAAAUAAAAGGGAAACGUGCAAUACAAAUGUAUCUUUAGGAGUAUGUUUUUAGCUCACCUGAGCCAAAGGCUCAGGGUGAGCUAUUCUGAUAACUCACCGUCCGGCGUCCGUAAACUUUUACUUUAAACGACAUCUCCUCAUAAACCGCUAGGCCUAUUUCAUCCAAACUUGGGUGAAGCUCUACAAAAAUUGUUCAAAGAAUUGAAUUCCAUGCAGAACUCUGGUUGCCAUGGCAACCGAAAGGAAAAACUUUAAAAAUCUGCUCAAAAACCAGAAGCCCUAGAGCUUAGAU